CGAGGCGCAUUAGCGGCUACACCCGAGGUUCCGUAGCCUCACGGCUUCCAGGUUUUCCUGAGCGGCGCCGGGCCCAAGCCGAGAGGACCUGGCGUGGGCUGGGCUUGAGCGGUUGAUGGUGUCUUCAGACCAAGUGUCCCGGUGCAAGAGGCGGCCAAGGAAAGGUGCCAGAGCAGAAGCCCACGAGAGAAGGCCCGCAACCGUGAAAGGAAUUGCUUCACCUUUGUCAGGUGGAAGAUGGGAGUCUAGGGUGAUGAAAGAGCACUAGACUGCGCCAGGCCGGGGCUCCUCGGUCGCUUCUUUCUGUGGUCUCAGAAUGGAGGGCACCAUGAAGCUGGCAAUGGCAGAAGACGCUGUGGAGUACUGCCUGUUUCUGAUACCAGAUAAAGCAAGAGACACAGAGGAAACCAAAGAGAUUCUUCAGAAGUACAUUGAAAGAAUAAUGACCCAGUUUGCACCUAUCCUGGUCCCUUAUAUCUGGCAGAAUCAGCCUUUCAAUCUCACAUAUAAACCUGCAAAAGGAGGUGUUCCUGCUCAUAUGUAUGGCAUGACGAAGUUUGGAGAUAACAUUGAGGAUGAAUGGUUUAUUGUUUAUGUAAUAAAGCAGAUUACAAAGGCAUUUCCAGAGUUAGUAGCAAGGAUUGAAGACAAUGAUGGUGAGUUCUUGUUAAUAGAAGCGGCUGACUUUCUUCCUAAGUGGUUGGACCCUGAUAAUAGUGCCAAUAGGGUGUUUUUUCAUCAUGGGAAGCUGUGUAUUAUUCCUGUGCCAAGGAAAUCUGAAAGAAUACCCUGGCUCCCCACUACACCCCCAACAAUCCAACAGGCUUUGAGUAUCGUUUCAGCACAUUCAGAAGCUGUUUUAGCUUCAGAAUCUGUACAAGCUGCUGUGGACAGGCGCAUCAGAGGGUACCCAGAAAAAAUCGAAGCUUCCCUUCACCGAGCGCACUGCUUCCUUCCGGCUGCAGUUGUGGCCGUGCUGAAACAGCGACCCAGACUGGUGUCUGCAGCCGUCCAGGCCUUCUACCUGCGGGACCCCAUUGACCUAAGAGCCUGUCGAGUUUUCAAGACAUUUUUGCCUGAAACACGAAUAAUGGCAUCUGUCACUUUUACUAAAUGUCUGUACGCACAGCUGGUACAACAGAAGUUUGUGCCAGACCGGCGGAGUGGAUAUGGGCUGCCACCUCCAUCACAUCCCCAGUACCGCGCCCAUGAACUGGGCAUGAAGUUGGCUCAUGGAUUUGAGAUUUUGUGCUCCAGAUGUAGCGCACAUCUCUCUGACUCCAGGAAAUCCCCUGUGACUGCCUCACCUCUCUGGGCCGGCUUCCUUGAAAGUCUGAAGAGGAACGAUUACUUUAAGGGACUGAUGGAAGGCUCUGCUCAGUACCAGGAAAGACUAGAAAUGGCAAAGAACUACUUCCAGCUCUCCAUCCACCGGCCAGAAAGUUCACUCGCUAUGAGCCCAGGGGAGGAGGUCUUAACCAUGCUGCAGACGCUGCCAUUUGAUGUCGAGGAGCUGAAGAGAGAAGGAGCUCAUCUUCCUCCUGAGGAUGAUGACCAGUGGUUAGUCCUCUCACCAGACCAGCUGGACCAGCUGCUGCAAGACACCAUGGGCAGGAAGGAAUCACAGCCUGUUCCCCAGAAGGAGGAGGAGCAGAACUACGACGUAGCACAGGUCUCAGACAGCAUGAAGGCCUUCAUCUCCAAAGUCUCAACCCACAAGGGGGCAGAGCUGCCAAGAGACCCUUCUGAAGCGCCAAUCACUUUUGAUGCAGACUCCUUUCUUAAUUAUUUUGAUAAGAUUUUAGGGGCAAAACCUCAAGAGUCAGACUCUGAUGACAUGGAUGAAGACGACUUCGAAUGUUUAGACAGUGAUGAUGACUUGGGCUUUGAAACUCAGGACUCUGAGUCUCUGAAAGGAGCUCUUGGCAGUCUCAAGUCCUACAUGGCCCAGAUGGACCAGGAGCUGGCGCACACCAGCAUGGGCAAAAGCUUCAGUACCCGGAAGCAAGCCAAGAAGGAAACUCCUUCCCAGACUGCAAAUGACAAUUCAGAUGAGGAAGACUCAGGUGCAGGAGAUUGCGUUGUCGAAUCGGUGGAUGUAGACCUGAACCUGGUUUCAAAUAUCCUGGAAUCCUACAGCUCCCAAGCUGGGCUGGCAGGGCCUGCUUCCAACCUUUUGCACAGCAUGGGUGUACGACUCCCUGACAAUACUGAUCACAACCCGCCAGGAAGCCAGUGAAGGGUUAGCCUGCACAUCAGCUGAAUCCACAAUAAAUCCUCACUGACUAAACAGUGGUCCAGUCGGCUCUUCCUAAGAGUGUCUUCCUUGCAGGUUUUCAGAGUCCCAGUACCACCUCUCACAAGUCCUGUGAUCUCAUGAGCUUGUUUCGUUUGGUUUAAAUUUUCCUAAGACCCAAGUGUGGUGGUAUUCUAAUUGUACUGAAAUGUGAUUUUGAUUGUAUGUUAAUAAAUAAAGUUGCCCGGGGGUCAGA